AUGACACCCGAGGUUCAGGGGAUGGUAGAUGCUACUGGAUUGAGGCACUUGCCUGAGAUCAUGUUUGAUCAUUUGGAUCAGCCAUUGAUCUGUGCGUUUGUCGAGAGGUGGCAGCUCGAUACGAACUCUUUCCACCUCCCUUUUGGAGAGAUUAGUAUCUUGCUACACGAUGUCAGUUCUAUCCUCCAUAUCCCAUCAGAUGGAUGGAUUACAGGUGACUUUGGUUCAUGGGAUGACGUGAAUAGUUCAUGUGCAGAGCUAUUUGGGAUGGAGAGAAGCGCCUUUUUGAAGGCGCAUUGGUCCGGUGGUGGUGUAUUCAUUGAUUCUUUGAUAGAGAGAUGUUCUGCUCCGGAUCGGAGUCCGACCCACCAGUUUCGAGGAUAUAUGCUGACCCUCCUUGGUGCCACUCUAUUCGUUGAUAAGAGUGGUAACCGAGCAUGGAUUUACGAGUAUUUUCCCAUGUUUCGGCCUAACCGCACUAGGAGGAUGAGACCUAUAGGAUCUGCUUCGGCACUGAGUUGGGAGGUUCGGCAUGAGAACAGGGGGAUUGACCGGCUACUGAGUAUUCGACAAGCAUUGGAUCAGACGAACGACAUGCAGCCUGAUUGGUUACCUUAUGGUAUAUGUCCGGUAUCUGCUUAUCCUCGUAGCACGUACUACGGGUGGCUGCGAUACUUGGAUAUCGUUGAGCCGUAUAUGCCAGAUCGUACUUUACGCCAGCUUGGAUUCAUUCAGGAGGUUCGUUAA